AAGAAAGAAUUCAAGUCACUAACGGAUUUAAAAAAACAAUAAAUUAAGAAAACGAUGAAAAUAACCUGUUUUCGAAGGCUUGUGUUUGGAUAACACCUUUAACCGCACGAGAAGGUGUUUUGAGUAUUACCAAAGAAAAUCUAGAGUUCAAGUAUACCCAUAUAUAAUAAAAAAAUUCACAUAUAGCCCUAAUAGCACAUAAACUUCAAGAAAGCUCUAGAUUAAUAAAAGAAUGGCAGUUAAAUAAUAUUAAAUAAAUCUAAAACAGAAGAUUUAUUUUGAAAAGAACUGCUUUAGAAAUUUUCUUUUUGGAUGGUUCUUCUAUUUUUAUGAAUUUUUUAAACAGUUAAGAUUGCGAAUAAAUAAGUUAAAAGUUAAUCAGAAGUAGAAAUAAAAGAUGUCCAAAUUUAUAAUAUAAUAAAACUUUAAAUCCUAAAAAAUUACUUGAAAAAGAAAAUAUGAUGUAAAAAUGGUAAAGCAGGAAAAUCUCAAAUUUCGAAUAUUUAAUGUAUUUAAAUUCUAUAGCUUCCCGUACUUAUAAAGACAUUGCUCAAUAUUUCAUUUUCCCUUGGGUAAUAACUGACUUCUAAUCCAAAGAUAUGUACAAAUCGAUAAGAGAUUUUUCAAAAACAGUCGGAAAUAUGGGCUCAAAAGAACGAGCAGAUUAAUUUACUUAAAAAUUCGAAAAUGACGAUCCUUUCUAGGAAAUACCACCUUUUCAUUUUGGAUAACAUUAUAGUUCUCCAGCUAUAAUUUUAUAUUUUUUGAUAAGAUUAUAACCUUUUACUAGAGGAGCAAUUUAAUUAUAAGGAGGGAAAUUUGAUAUUGCUGAUAGACUUUUCUAUAGUAUAUAGGAGUCAUAUAGAUCGGCUACUGAAGAGACUUUUGAUGUAAGAGAACUUAUUCCAGAAUUUUUUUAUAUGCCGGAAAUGUUCAUAAAUAUAAACGGGGAAAAUUUCGGUGAAUGUUAAAGCAAUAAAGGAUUAAUGGUUAAUAAUGUUUUACUUCCAGAAUGGGCAAAAGGAAAUCCCUAUAAUUUUGUCGUUAUACAUAAAUAGGCCUUGGAAUCAGAAAUCGUAUCUUCUUAUAUAAAUAACUGGAUAGAUUUGGUUUUUGGAUAUAAAUAAUAAGGAAAAGAAGCGUAAAAAAAUCUUAAUGUUUUCCAAUAUUUAACUUAUGAGGGUAGAGUUAAUUUUGAUUUAAUUAAAGAUACCAAUUAAAAAAUUUCUACAGAGGCAUAAAUUAUUAACUUCGGGUAAACUCCAAUAUAAUUAAUUUGUGAUAAACCCCAUAUAUAAAGAAUGCCAAAGGAUUAAACUUUAUAAGGGAAAUGUAUUACAGAUAUUCAAGCUAAAAUUAAAGUUUUUAGGCCAUCAAUGAAUAAUAAAAGUGGGAAAUAACAAGGAGCUAAACAUGGUAAAAUGAUAAAUAUAUUUUCUGAUGAAAUUUCUGAUUUGACUGUGUUUUAAUUAUAUUGGGUAAAUGAAUAGAAACUUAUUUGUUGUAGAAAAAAUGGUACAAUUAUUUAAUAUAGGUGGUAUAGUGUGCCGAUAAAUUAAAAUUAGUAAAAUAUUAUUCCAUUUUAAUGCGGAGAAGAUAAGUAAAGGGAAAUAAGUUUUUAUAAAUAAAAAAAUAGCUUUGUAAAUUAAAUUGAUAAGUCCAUUAACUAUACUGUCUUUCCUAUUUAUUCAUUUAAAUAAUAUAAAAUUAUAGCUAUCGGAGGUAUUUGGGAUGGUAAAUUAAAAAUAUUACAAAUUGAUAGUGGUUAAGUUUAAGAUACUUAUAAUAUUCAUAAUGAAACUAUUACAUGUAUUACUGCUGAUAAUAAAGAAAAUUUUCUAAUUACAGGAUCAAGAAAUGGUGAAGUUAUUGUAUGGAAAAUUACAUUAGAAUUAAAGUUAGUUGUAAAAUACAUAAUAAAUGAUCAUAAAGAAAAGGUAUUAUAAAGUUAAUGUAAUUAAAGUAUCAAAAGAUUUGAAAAUAUUUGCUACUUCAUCAGAUGA